ACGCCACCUUUCAUGGUCUGCUGGUGAUACACUACGGUACACCACCACCUAACAGAAAAAUGGGAGACAUCCCAUCGACUCAUGCAACCACCUAAACUUUCUACCACUGUUUAUCACAGUGGGCGGAGUGUCUGAUCUGACAGAUAAUGCACAUAAAAGAGCCAAUGCAACGGAAGAAGGCAGCAUGCGCGAUCGGAGCCAAGCUCGAGCAAUCCACCGCGCGACUUCCCGAGAAUCGACAUGGUCUGCGACGAGAGCAUGCCAUUGGAACGCAAGUAGGUAUGCGUGAUCGGAGCCGGGAUGGCCGGGCUGGCGUCAGCCCGCGAGCUGCGCCGGGAGGGCCACGACGUGACGGUGCUGGAGCAGAACGCCGACGUGGGCGGGCAGUGGCUGUACGACCCGAGGAGCGAUGGCGCCGACGACCCGCUCGGCGCCGCGGAGACGGUGAAGGUGCACGGCAGCCUGUACGCGUCCCUCCGCGCCAUCAGCGCCAGGGAGAACAUGGGGUUCACCGACUUCCACUUCGCGCCCAAGGACGGCCGCGACGGCCGCCGCUUCCCGGGCCACCGCGAGGUGCAGCUCUACCUCAGGGACUUCUGCGACGCGUUCGGGCUCAUGGAGGCGGUCCGGCUCAACACGCGUGUCCUGCGCGUCGCCAUGGCGGUGGCUCCGACGCGGAAGUGGACGGUGAGGUCCGUACACGAGGGCACGGAGGAGGAGGAGGUCUUCGACGCCGUCGUCGUGGCGAACGGCCACUACUCGCAGCCGAGGCUGCCAAGCAUCCAGGGCAUGGAGGCGUGGAGGGGGAGGCAGAUGCACAGCCACUCGUACAGGGUGCCGGAGCCGUUCCGGGGCGACGUGGUGGUGGUGGUCGGGUGCGGGGCGAGCGGCAAGGACAUCGCCAUGGAGGUCCGCGGGGUCGCCAAGGAGGUGCACCUCGUGGCCAAGUCCAUGGAGGAGGUCACCCCCGGGCUCGCCAAAGUGCUCGCCAAGCAUAGCGCCAACCUGCACCUGCAACUGCACGUGGAGCGCCUGUGCGAGGACGGGCUGGUGGUGUUCGGCGGCGGCGGCUCCGGCGUCCUCGCCGACACCAUCAUCUACUGCACGGGGUACAAUUACUCUUUCCCGUUCCUGCACACGGCGGGGGCGGUCACCGUCGACGACAACCGCGUCGGCCCGCUGUUCGAGCACGUGUUCCCGCCGUCGCUGGCGCCGUCGCUCUCCUUCGUCGGCAUACCCAUAAAGGUGUUUGCGCCCCGGUUCUUCGAGGCUCAGGCGAAAUGGGGGGCGCAGGUGCUGUCAGGGAGGAGGACGCUGCCGCCGGAGCAGGAGAUGAUGCGGUCCGUGGAGGAGUAUUACCGUGCCAGGGAGAUCGCGGGCGUGCCCAAGAAGUACACCCACGACGUCUGCUUGUCUGAGACCAUGCCCACGUACAUGGAUGAUUUCGGGAGCAAGUAUUGUGACUUCCCACGCGUGGAGAGAUGGCAUCACGAGCUGGUCGUUUCGUUGUUUGCCAACAUGAACAACAAUCUCGAGACCUUUCGCGAGGACUACCAAGACACCGACUCCAUCUGCAAGGGUGUGGAGGAGUGGCACUUGUCUGCACAACAGCCUCAAGCUGCUCCUGCUGCUAAAAAGAUGUCGCUUGGUCUUUCAUGAACAAGCAUAGUGGUCUGUGCACACCCUUCAUGACAUGGCAGGCCUUCCAGGCUUCCACAGUAAUCAUCGAUAUGUUUUAUUGGUUUUCGUACUUAUAUAAGUUGUAUGAUUCGGAAAUGUCACAGAUAUAAAUGCAUUUAUGUGAUUUAUGAUCUGUAGUGAAUUAAGUUGCACACAUACAUGGUGCAGGGGACAAUAGAGG